ACGAGGCGACCACCUUCGGCGAAGAUCGUCAUCAGUCGUGAGCUGACUCUCGGGAGAAGGAUGGAGGAAGAGGCACGGAAGCUUCUCGAAGAAGGAAUAAGCAAGAAGCUGGUCAGUCCUGGAAAAGGAGAACCGCCGAUCUUCCCUAAUGGCACCAAGGUGGUCUUCCACUACCGCACCAGCCUCUGUGAUGGCACAGUGCUGGACGACUCCAGAACCAUGGGGGGGCGCAGCAAACCCAUGGAGCUCAUCCUCGGCAAGAAGUUCAAACUGGCUGUGUGGGAGAGGGUGGUCAUCUCCAUGAGACAAGGAGAAGUUGCAGAGUUUACCUGUGAGACCAAGCACACAACGCUGUACCCACUCGUGUCCCAGUCCCUGAGAAACAUCAGCGCUGGUAAGGACCCGCUCGAGGGCCAGAGGCACUGCUGCGGCAUUGCCCAGAUCCACUCCCACCACUCUCUGGGGCACAAGGACCUAGACAAGCUUCAGGCCAGUCCACAGCCUCUGGUCUUUGCCAUCGAGCUGCUCGAGGUUCUCCCUCCAGGGUCGUUCCAGCUGGACGUGUGGGCCAUGUCAGAUGCAGAAAAACUCGAGCUUGUGCCUCAGAUCCACGAAGAGGGAAACCUGCUCUUUAAACAAGGUGAAAUUAAGGAGGCUACUGAGAAGUACUACAAUGGCAUCGCCUGCCUCAAAAAUCUACAGAUGAAGGAGCAUCCUGGAGAUGAAGCAUGGGUAAAGUUGGACCACAUGAUCACACCUCUGCUCCUCAACUUCUGUCAGUGCAAGUUAAUCCAAGGGCAGUACUAUGAAGUCAUUGAACACUGCACAUCCUUGGUCUUCAAAUAUGAGGAUAACGUGAAGGCCUUCUACAAGCGAGCUAAGGCCCACGCUGCAGUGUGGAACGAGACAGAGGCACGAGCAGACUUUGCUAAGGUGCUGGAUUUGGACCCCUCCCUGGGACCGUCUGUAGCCAAAGAGCUGAGGGCCAUGGAGGAUAGGAUCCGCUCCAAGGAGAAGGAGGAGAAGGGUCGCUACAAAGGCCUAUUCAACUACAACGCACCCCCAGCGACUGCUACUACUGGUUGAAUCUCAUUGGGUUGAAAACAAGUAGAUGCUUGUGAAUUUCAAGAUGGAGGAGAAUCAGUGGACCCUGCUGAUGUUUUUGUUUUAUCCAUGAUGCACCCAAGCCAAACACUCUCCACCUUGCCCUCUAUGGACGCACUCUCACACGGUCAGGUUGUACAUUUAAACAAUGCACCCACAAUUCCAUCAAGGUGCAAUUUGCCUUCCUGCCUUAUUCCUCUGAUUCCCUUCUUUUGUUCAAAAAUUCUGUUUUAAAAUCCAAUGCUGACCUUGGGUCUGUACUGGCCAGCAGUCAUUCAGAGCAUUGUGGUCUUGAAUCUAACUCCAAUUACUCACUGACCCCAUUCAAGUUUUUUAGAAAUGUUAAAAUAAUUGGUUAGCAACUCAUUCACAGUAAUGUUACCUUCAGGACACUUAACAACAACCUUAACAGGAUUUGCUAGAGAUUUUUCUUACUUUAACUUUGUGCAAUGUUUCUAUACCAAACAUCAAUCUGCCUCUGUAUUAGAAAUAAGUAUCUUGCACAUUUAAUGUUAAAUUACUUUCUUAUAAACGUGCAAAGCUGUGGAAUAAUUAUUUUAAUUACCUGUCAUCAUAGGAAAACAAAGAUAAUAAACAAAUCAAUGCUCUCCAAGAAAUCUUUUUUUUUUUGGACAAGGAACAUGAUGUACACUUGUGCACACAUCUGCCUUGCACUGUCAGAGCUUGUUUUCUGUCUUUAUCAAUAGACCCAGACAGGAGGCCAUGAUCUCCUGGUAGAAGUAACUGGGAAACUGAGCUGUCUGUGACAAUCACCGUGUAACACAAGUUGACAAUUGAUCUCUUUGCUUUCUCUUUUCUUGUUUUACAUAUAAGAAAUGCUACCAUUGUUGUUUUUGUCAAUAUAUAUUCUUUAAAAACCCUCAGCAUCUCUUCCACUUGGCCGCUGUACUACAAAGCUCGUUCACUUCUUAUCGGGGUAAAUCGCCAUGGUAACUUAUGCUGAAGGGCUAACCUGCUCUGGUAAUUUUUUUUUUUAACCAGGUGUCUUCAUGUAUUUAGCAGCUGUAACUGUUUCUUUUAGUCUGGAUGUUUGUUAUCUAUCUAUUUUUGUAAUAUAACAGUUUGAUCCUCGUUUGUGAAAUACGCAGCUCAGCUGCCAGUUCACUUGUCCAUGUCUGUGAUUGCUCAUAUGCAGUUAACACUGACCCUUUCAUGUGCACAGGCCCAGAUCUUAAUGAGUUCAUAAUCGAUGUGUGACCACUUAGCCUGGUUGUGAUUGUUAGGUUAAGCUCAGCCAGAUCUCUGAAAGAUAUCCUGGGUAUGUUGAACUCGCUUCGUAGUACAGGCCACCGCUCAGAAAGAGCUACGCUUACUGUUCAUGUGAAGCAGUGGGUCAUUAUCCUGAAGUGAGAUGUUAUUGAGGUUGUGAUUAUGUAACUGAAAAUAAAUUUGUUUAUCCCCAA